AUGUGCUUUCUCAUUAUAGACGCACCAUCUGAUCUUGUAAUUGACGAAUGGAUUGCGAACGGAGAGGUGGCGAAACUGGAACAGCUCGUACUCGAUGGACGCGGCCAUUUACUCAAGGAGAAAUCGUCCAUCAAUGAAGCGAGUAAGGAGUUCCUGCGCGGUCUCACAGUUUAUCAGUCAAAAAUUGACGCGAUUCACAAAGCAGUCGAAGACGGAGAUGUGCGUCGAGUGAAAUCGCUGAUCGAUCGACAACAAUUGGCACUUGCCAGGGACACCUACGGUAAGCACUGUGUCCAUUACAGGCCUGAUCCCUUCGUUUACCCAAAUAUAGAGUAG